AUGAAGUUUUACCCAGUGUUGAUCGGAGUAAUCUGCUAUCUAUCUGUUCUGAGUGUCAGCUCAGUCGAUGGAGCAGAAAGUCCUCGAAUUAUCAUCGUUGGUGCUGGUGCAGCGGGUAUUGCUGCUGCUAGUCGCCUCUAUCAACGAGGCCUAAAGAACAUAACGAUUCUCGAGGCGUCCCACCGAAUGGGUGGUCGUAUUCGUACUACACCAUUUGGAAGUGGCAUUGUGGAAAUCGGAGCACAAUGGUGCCACGGAGAACAGGGCAACGUUGUGUAUCAGCUGGCGAAGGUGUACCCGGGUCUACUCAAGUCCUCCAUCAUCGCUGACGAGGAUGCUGCGUUGAUCCGUUCCAGUGGAAUUAAAGUACCCGACGCAGUGGCAGAAAGGCUGCAGACUAUGGCGGAGGAUAUCGUUAAUUCUGAUGAACGCGACGCAUUCGCCGGAAGUUUGGGAGAGUUUUUCACCCAGAAAUACUGGCAAAAGCUCAAGGAACCUGCGUUCAGUGACAUCAGCAAGGAGCUGGCCGAACAGUUCCUGGUGUACUAUCACAACUACGAACGAGGAUACACGGCCUAUGACACGUGGUAUGAGGUGGCAGCCAGUGAGACCGAUAGCUACGUGGAACCUGCCGGCAAUCAGGACAUUGCAUGGAACGGAAGGAAAGGAUUCUCUUCCAUCCUCGACAUCGUGUCCGGCAAUUUCCCAGGCACUACUAAUAGUACCCUCACUCCAGUUCCGCUAACCAAGCUCAUCACCUACGGUAAAUUCGUAUCCAACGUCCAGUGGAAAGGAUCUGCCGAUGGGGACGUGAUCGUAACCGCUCAGGAUGGUACGAAAUACGAGGCCGACAACGUCAUCGUCACCGUUUCACUAGGUGUCCUGAAGGAGAACUACAAGACUAUGUUCACGCCGGCUCUGCCGACCGUCAACCAGCAGGCAAUCACUGGACUAUACUUCGGAACUGUGAACAAAAUCUUUGUCCUGUUUGAUGCACCCAUUCCGGAGGACAUGCCCAACACCGUCCACCUGCUUUGGUACAAAUCGGAUCUAAACGCGCUACGUAUGUCUCCGUACGCAUGGGCUGAAGCUGUUUCCACCUUUUUCCGAAUCGACAACCAACCGAACGUGUUGAUGGCUUGGAUGAACGGAGCUGAAGGACGACGGGCAGAGUAUCUACGAGAUGCUCCCAUCAGGGAGGGAAUAUUGCAUCUGCUGAAGAUUUUUGCCAAAAAUCUUAAGUUUGGAAACGUCCAGGCACUAUGGAGAUCAAAGUGGUCAUCCGAUCGUCUCUUCCGUGGAUCAUAUUCCAGUCGAUCGAUCACCACUGAGAAUUUGGGCACCGGCGCACAAUACCUUGGAAAACCGGUCAAGAAUGCCGCAAAUGAGCCCGUCCUUCUGUUCGCUGGAGAAGCAACCAAUCCGGUGCACUACUCCACAGUGCAUGGCGCCCUCGAUAGCGGAUUCCGUGAGGCUGAUCGAUUGCUCCGCUACUACGCCUAA